GGCAUCGGUGCUGCCAUCGCAAGGAGCCAGCACCAGCGUCGGCCCUGCCGCUGUGGGCUGAUCUCUCUCGCAAAAGGAAUCGCAGCUGAGCCUGAGCAGCAAAAUUCAGAAUCUGCCCUGCGCUCUCGCUGUGCAGACAGACCAAAAUGACUGUGAGAUCCAUGUGGUGUCACUUUGUUUUGCUAUUACAUCUUUCCACCACCAUAUCCCUGGGGGCAGCUGAAAUUUCCUGCAGAAAUGAAGAUGGAAACCCUAUUGAUUGGUUUGUUCUUUACAAGUUACCAAAAUUUACAGAAGAAGAGAGUGCUGGGCUGGGCCUGGAGUACAUGUACCUGGAUUCCCUGACUCACGCGUGGCGACUCAGUAAAUAUCUCAUCAAUAUGACACAAGGUGGCCUAGGGCAAACACUAAAACAGCUUUAUGAAACUUAUGAAUCCAAGAACAACAGCGUUGCCUAUGCAAUAUAUAAUGAUGAGGUCCCUCAUUCUAAGGCCUUCAACUGGAAAAAAGGCCAUACCAAAGGAUUUCUGCUCUUGGACAAGUCACAAGGCUUUUGGGUAAUUCACAGUGUGCCUCUGUUCCCUCCCUUUCUUGAGGAUGGUUAUGGUUAUCCAGCUACUGGGAAAGAAUAUGGACAGACAGCCAUCUGUGUAACCUUCAAGUAUGACCAGUUUACAGAAAUAGACCAACAGUUGUUGAGUUAUAAUCCAAGCAUCUACAACUGUUUCAUCCCUGACAUCUUCCAAGAUCACCUCCCAAAUCUGCAAAAGCUCUGUGCAAGGUCCAGGUUGCCGCCAGUCCCCCCGCGUCACCUCUCCAAACUCCAGUCAGCUCAUGGGGAAACRUUUCUUCACUUUGCCAAGUCACACUUGUUUGUGGAUGAUAUCUACGUGGCAUGGGUUGCUCAAGAACUGAAAACACAUUUGCUGGUUGAAUCCUGGCAGCAUUCCGGGCACAGCCUUCCCUCAAACUGCUCUCUCCAGUACCAUGUCUACAACAUACACACAAUAGAGACACCACUGAAAUCAACUUUUAAUUCCAUUAAUGAUCAUUCCAAGUGGUGUGUUUCAAAGAGCCCUGAAGAUCAGUGGACCUGCAUCGGAGACCUUAACCGUGCUGCUGAACAAGCCUGGAGAAGUGGUGGGUUCAUUUGUACACAGAACCAGAACAUUUACAAAGCUUUUAGAAACUUGGUAAUGCGCUAUGAAAGUUGUAAUGAUUCUUCCACAUUGAGAUGAAUGAACCAUCCCUCCCAAGCAGCAUAGCCGUUCAGUACACAGAAAAGGUGGAAAACAUCUGCUUUAACCUAAGUUUUCAUCUGGAAAAUGGCCCAGUGAGUUGUCAGAUGGAUUAGACCUUUGCCUGCUUAGUCACAAAAGCAAAUGUUUUACAGGUAAAAUACUGUUUCUCCAUCAUUGCCAUAUCAGUGAGCACCGCCUAAGCUCUGAGCUCUGCUCUGCUCCUUCCUUGUCUCCUCUCGCCAUCAAUAAGAGACCCUGCUGCCCAGGCGUGGGUGUCAUUGACACUGUGACAAAGGUUUGAAUGUUGGGCACAGAYGUCCUCAAGUGGAACUUGCUAAAUAAUGUUGGAUGUGGAAUGGCAUGAAGAACAAAAAUCUCUCUCAUUAGGUAGGUUGUUUGGGGCGUGCAGUUAAUAGGAGAAAAAUACCCUCAAACGCCUUCAAAAUCACUACAUGGCCCAGAUGCUGCUGAGAUCCGUGAUUGCAUUUCUGCUGAGUUUGGGGGAAAAAAGAAAKGAGCUUUAAAUCUUGUGU